AUGGUGGGUGAGAUUAUUGCAGUCUGGUUUGGGUCUGUGCAUCAGUUGGCCAUGACUGCGACAUACGCGAUCGAGGAUUUAUGCUUGCAUGAGGAGUACGUGCACCCGCUUCGGGAGGAAAUCAAUCGUAUCGCUCCUGAAGGCUUGUGCCCUGAGCUGGCCGCUAUGCCACUUCUGGAUAGCUUUUUGCGCGAAACCGUUCGUUGUACUAACUCCGACGCUAUCACCGUACGACGCAAAGCAUUGACACCGUUCACAUUCUCUGAUGGGGUACGAGUAGACCAGGGAGACUGGGUCUGUAUUCCACAACGAGCAAUGAUGCGCGAUCCGGCUCGCUAUUCGCACGCACAGCAAUUUGAUGGCUUCCGAUUCGCGAGAGCCAACAAGCUCUUGGCUCUAAAUGAGGGCUGUGCUGAUGUGCCAGAAGGAGCACCGUUGCAGCUGACAGAUGUAGAUGUGGAUUGGCCUAUAUGGGGACUGGGAAACACAGCCUGUCCAGGCAGGUUUUACGCGACCACAGUGUUGAAGUUGAUGAUGGUGUGCAUUCUUCAGGGAUGGGAGUGCAGACUGGCGGACCCUCGGGCUCUUCGGUGGCGUACGUGGCGGUCCAGUGUUGUCCCCCGCACUGGGACGGUGGUGGUGUUUCAACGCCGGCAGAUGGAGUCGCCCACCUUGGUCCGGAGGGCGUGA